UGAAAAAAUAUUUACUCUUAUUCUAAACUCGUUAAUGCUCACGUUCAUAUGAUAAGUUUUGUACAUGUAGCUAUGUACUGUGUAUAAGCAAAAGUUUCUGUCAGCAAGUUGGAAAGUAUUGAAAAUAUUGUAUUGAAAAUACUGGAUUAUAAUAAACGAAUGGCUGUAUACAAUUAAUUAUUAGCACUUUUACCAUCCGUUAUAAAAAUUACUUUAGUGUUGACACUUUUUGACCGAAUAAGUUUUCCCUGCUCUUUACUAGUGAAUACCGAUGCAUUUUUUCCAAAUUGUAUGAUUCCAAUAUUUUGAGAUUGAAGUGGGACUUAUAAAUGAGUCAAAAUAUAGAGGAGAGUCCUUUAUCGGACAACAAAAUGGAUAUAUCUGAGACAACUACUUCCCAAGAUUCCCUUCCAUGUUAUUCGCCAGAUUUUGAUGCAAACAUAAGAGAUGGACAAAUCAAUCAAAAUAAUUCUGCUGCUGGUGACGAUGUGGAUCAAAAUACCGUGGGUGGCGAAUAUCAGCAGCAAAAUUUGUUCGAUAAUUGUCCUAAUGAUGAUAACGAUGGUCUAAUUCGAGAAGAUAUGAUCAGUACAAAAAUGGAUAAUCGAGCUUCUGGCAGUAGAGGCCUAACACCGGUUAGUAAUCAUCCACUAAUGUCUCCAACUGGAAGCGAAUCGGAUACUUACGAGCUGGCCUACCUAAAUAGCAACCAAGCACGGCAUUAUUAUCAGUUUCCGGAUGUUGUUCCAGCUAGUGAACAACCUUUGCGUUUAGCCAAUCCAGUGUCAAAUAAAGGAUUUAUGACGACUGGAGUUACUGCUACUACUACUACUACUACCACUACUACAACAAGGACAAACAAAACAACUACUAGAUGUACUACAUCAACACUUGAUGUGAUAAACAAUAUUGAUAAUGCUAAUAAUGUGAUUAAAGGUUCUAUUCUGCGUGAUGAAAGCCCGGAUUUUCUGAGCAGUGGAUCGGAGCAGGAUCUAUCGCAGUUCCAAGCGUCAGUAACGCCAGCGUUCCAAUCGGUAGCACUGGUACAAUCGCAGUCGGCUCAGCAACUGCAACACACUUCCAUUUCACCAAAACUCCAUCAGCGACGCAAAAUUCCAUUAUCGACUGAUUUACUGGUGGACGAUAUCAGCUCGUUCGAAGAAACUGUGUCUAAUCACAGUGUCGAUGAGCUACAGCAGAACUUGGUCUCACUUAGUCCGUCGUCGUCGAUAUUGGAUGACAAUGGGUUCAAUGUGGAUAUUGAUGAAGAUUUCUCGGACGUUCUCGGUUCCCCAAGAAAUUGCGCCAGCGAUCCCGGUGUUUCACUACCGCAGUAUUCUGCACGAGAGGAAGCGCGUGAUAUCCGAAACUGGCAGAAGAUCACACUGCCCGAUGGGAAAACUCGCGAAAUAGACAUGAAAGUAAUAGAACCUUACAAACGAGUGCUGUCUCAUGGAGGAUAUCUGCAUUCGGGAGGACAUAACGCUAUUGUCGUGUUUAGUGCUUGCCAUCUUCCCGAUCGGUCACGGGCGGAUUAUCAUUAUGUAAUGAAUAAUUUGUUUUACUAUGUAGUAAAAACGUUAGAACAAUUAGUGACAGAGGACUACGUGCUAAUCUAUUUGCAUGGUGCAUCAGGUAGAGGCAAUGUUCCCCCGUUUCCAUGGCUUAAAAAGUGUUAUCAACUGCUGGACAGACGGCUUCGAAAAAGUUUAAAAAAUCUUUACAUGGUGCAUCCAACUUUUUGGUUGAAAUCGAUCGUUUGUGUUGCAAGGCCGUUUAUAAGUUCAAAGUUCUGGCGUAAGCUGGUGUACGUAAAAACGCUGGAUGAAUUGUAUGAACUUGUCCCCGUCGAACGUGCAGCCGUUCCUGAUAAAGUUAAGAACUACGACUGUCGACAUUCCUAACUUAUACCACGUCAGUAUAAAAAGGCAACAAGAGAUCUCAGUCAUCGUAAUCUUCAUCUUAUUCAUCAGAAUCUCAAUCAUCGUAUAGUGAACAGCUGCUGUGGUGAUAUCAGCUGACAAACAUCAACUGAAAGGUAGGAAUUUUAUUUUAGCUUGAACUGCAUUUCCGCCUAUAAGCUACCAUAUCGACCUAGUCAGAAAUGUUUGCCGUAGGUGUUGUAUAAGUGAAUAGCUCCGAUAUUAUAACUAAGAAUAAAAUAAUAUAGAACAAAUAAUAAGCAAUGAUUUCAUCGAGUGCUCCGCGUAAUGUAAAAUAUAUAUAGCAAAUAUUUUGUAAGUACUAUUAGUUCAUAAGAUCUUUUCUCAUCCGUUCAAACAAUUGCUUGAGGAAUAAAAAUUAGCUUAAAUAUAACAAUUCGCACUGGAUAAGAUAUAAAAGGAUACACUUUAGGAAAAUAAAUGAGAAUUUGUAAACGUUUAAUGUCGGGUCCAUGUCUAAGUGAUGAUGAGGUUUCUGGUGUUGUGUUUUUGACAUCAGAUUGAAAAGGUAGAUGAAAAAAUCUGCAAAACCAAUCCAACCUGUUUUCGUUUUAUUCCGUCUGUGCGGUACUACGAUGAUCAAAGUAUAAUAUAAAAAAAAGAUUGUAAAUUUUUUUGCAACAUGUAUCGAGAGGUUAUAAUGUCUAUAGUUGUAGGUCAUAGAGGAUAGUAGUUGUGUAGUAACAUAAUAUUGCGCAGAAGUCGAUCCUCUCUAAGAGGUCGUUACAGUCGAUAUUAUAAAGCAACACGUCAGCAUUGCACACUGUUUUCAACGAAGCCAUUAUAAUUGUGAAGAGGUAGCUAAUGGGGGAAGUUUUUUAAGAUGUAUGAUGUAAUUUUUAUGAAGGGAUGUUUCUAGCACGACUGAUUUUUUCUUUUAUUCAUAUCGCUUAAUUAUUGGAGUUAUUAGAUAUUGGAGAACGUUUACAGGGUUUCAACGAUAUUCACUGCUCUUUAUCACAUACUGUUACAAACACAAAACACGGUAAUUGAUAUUGAACACCAUUUAAUUUCUAUAAAGUCCCAUCGUCGACUGAUAUGGACUUUUUUCUCCACUGAGUAAUAUUUACUUCAAAAAUUUUACCGAAGACGAGUGGAGAAUAAAAUAAAUAUUUCAAUGUAGUUUCCCGAUGUUGAUCGCAAAUGACGCAUAACUUCGUAAUUGUUUCUAAUUCUAGUUUUCAAAUGUUUUAUAGUGCACUGAAUGCAGUAUAUCUGGAGUUUGUCUCCCGCUUAGAUGAUUUUCAUCGGUCUGUUUUUUUAGAUACAAAUUAUUUAAAAUUGUUUGGUAUCUACAAUGAAUCUCAUCAAUCGUUUUGGACUAUCUCAUCCUUAAAUGAUCGCUUUCGAACAACAAUUGUUAAUUCUUUAGUAAUUUUUUUUAUCAAGACUGUCUAAAAUACGAUACAAUUCGUUGUGUUAUCGACUGAACAUGGUUUUCGUUUUCGCUAUUUGCGAACCGUAGAAAGAGUAGUAUUUAUUUUUCGUCCUUUUCGUUCUCUUAACAGAAUGAUUUUUAUCUACUCUAGUUUUUAAUCUUCAAAAAAUCUAUUCUAGGGGUUAAAAAAGAUUUUUCAAAACUUUUUCGCUUCAAGGUUAUUGAUAUAAAACCACCAGUUUAUGGGUUCAAGGGGGUACUAAAUAAAAGGUUAUAAAAAAAUGGUUAUUUUUCUCUAGUUUACUUCAUUUUACAUGAACGUUUUGCUUGCAUUUUUGAAAAAUCUAGUUUUAAUAAGUGAUAAAAAAUAAAAUACAUGUAAUAAAUGAACUAAAGUUUUGUGUCCGGUUGAGCCUCGCACAGACAAUUCAUUUUCGAUACACUAUAAUAAUUUGAUUUUCCUCGUAAUCGAAAGCUCUCAGGAUUCAGCACUAAAUGAACUCACAACACACAAUUGAUGGAAUAAUUCCGCAUGGGGUGAAUCAGAACUUCCUUUAUUUUAAAAAAAGUGUUACCAAUUUGACGGCCUCCCCAACAAGAUUCGAAAGUGCGGCAUUUAUACCGACGCGGAAUCUCACCUAAAUUUUCCCUAUAUGAAUUUAAUCAGGAGGUCGUAAGUGUGCGAACUCUAAAAACUAUGAAUUUUUAAAUUUCAACAAACAAAAAGUCUAAAUUUUGCUUGGUUGUCAUUUUAUAAAGGACAAUUUGAAAAAAAAAUGUUUCUGCAUUUUCGAGAUGUAUGAAUUUAUGUGUUCAGUCAGUAUUCUAAAAAAUGAGCAUAGGUUCGUGUCGAAUGGUUCAAUAGAUUUUCUAUCGUAUUGUUUCGGAAAAUGCAAUUCAUGGUAUAGACGUUUCGAAAACAUGACAGAGCGUAAGUAAAUUCAAAGAACUAUAUCUCCGAAGUAUUCUUCUUAAACUUUGCAAUGAUGUCCUCCAAUAAUACAUCUACAGAAUGAAGCAUUAAAAAAUCUAUUUUUAGAAAUUAUUUCAUAGGGUUUAUAAGGUUAAUAAAAAUCCGAGCGAUUUCCAUAUUUAUUAAGAAUAAGAUAAACGUUCUUUUAGUUCACUUUAGGAAUGUUAGUUCAUGUCUGCGUUAUUUAAUUCUUAUAUAUUUUGAGCAUGUUUAUUGUGGUGUGGGAUUUUCGGAAUUCCAAAUCAAUAAUUUCACUUUUGUUUGAAAACAAGUUGUGCGCUAAAGGAGUAAACAGUAUUUUAUUCAUAUUUUGUUCAGGAGUCCUUCAGUGUUUCCGGAAAUAUCCGGGCAUUAUGUUGGCGCUUGAUUCGUGCGUUUCAAUUUAAGGAGUUAGGAAUAGUUCUUCGAAAUUAUUAUAAUAUGCAGAUAGGACCGAGUUCACUAAGGUAUAUGUUACCAAACAGAUGUUUUGUUUAUUAUUCUUAGAUACUCAUUUUUUUUUAAAUUUUAUGUUUGAGUUUGAAACUUUAAUUCGUCGAAACAGACUAAACAGAGCAUAAAAAAUUAUUUCUACUUCAAAAACAUUUUUUAUUGUUUCCAAACCAGAUAGUAACUUUAGGUUCAUGACACAGAUUAUUGGUUAUGAUGUGAUGUUCAUAAAAAUUUCCUCUCUGCACCGAAGAAAGUUAUCUGCACCUGUGCGUGCAAAAAUUGGUCGUGUUUCAAUCAUUGUAUCGUGCGUAUCUAAAUAGAA